CUAUCAGGCAGGAGCCUUGCAGCAGCAGAGUCUUGCCUGUGACAUCACACUUGGAGCUCAGAUCCAGCUCAGAGUUGAUUCCAUUAGCCAGUCUGUUGGUCUGUCUGCAUUGGUCCAGAUCUGUGGAGAAACCUGCUUUGAGGAAGGCUUUAUAUUUUUUCUUUUUUUUUUUUUCUUUUCUUUUUUUUCUUCCUCUUUGCAAUAUCAGAACAGGAGACGGUGGGAGGAAUAAAUACUCACCAGCACAGACCAGAGGAACUGCAGUAUGAAAUUAAUCUGUGCUUGCCACUUGCUGUUCCUUGUGCCAUCUCUGGCUAUCAGCACCAGACAGGGCUACGAAGAUCUAGAAAAACAGCUUAAAGAAGUAUUUAUGGAAAGAAGCAGUAUUCUUCGACAACUUUCGAAAACAUCACGGGAAUUGGAUGGAAUUAAAGGCAAUAUUCAGUCUUUGAAAAACAAUGAAGCAUCAACUAAAAGUGAUAUGCAAACUCUUUUGGAAUUAGAAGAAAAACAAAGGAAAGAGAUGGAAUCUCUGCAGGAAGCAUUCACAAAGCAACUUAAUGAGGCAACUGAAAAAGCAGAAAAGCAGCAAGCGACUAUUAAUUUCCUCAAGACAGAAAUGGAGAGGAAAAGUAAAAUGAUUAGAGAUCUUCAGAAUGAGAAUAAAAGCCUAAAAAACAAAUUAUUAUCAGGAAACAAGCUUUGUGGCCUACGUGCAGAAGAGUCAAAGAGGAUACAAGCCCAGCUGAAAGAGCUCCGCUAUGGGAAGAAGGAUUUGGUUUCAAAGGCACAACUACUAACUGAUCUAGAACAAAAGUUGUUGGUGGCAAAAGAAGACAUGGAAAAGGCUUCUCUUGAUAAAGAGUCACAGUUGAAAGCCUUGAAGGAGACUGUACAACUCUGUCUAUCUUCUGUUCUGCACAAUCAACCUCCCACCAUGAAUAUAAUCCCAUCAAAAUUGAGAGACAGACCAACACCUUCAGCUCCAAAUGCUCCUGGAUUGCCAUUUGAAACGACAAACAAAGAGAGUCAAAGAAGUGUAUCUUCCAAUGCAAGUUCUAAUCCCAAAGAGCUGACAAUGAGGGAAUAUCACCAUCCCAAAAAAUGUGGUUCUCACAUUGCUGGAGAAAUAUGCCGGUUACAUCACAACACAACACUAAUAAACAAACAAGAUGAAUUAGAACCAAGCAUACAGCAAUUAUAUGGACCACCUUGGAACAAGCCGGAGGAUAAAAAAGAAGCAAAAGAACAAACGAGUAGCAAUGUGACUAAUACAGAAAAAGAGUCACCGUAAAAAUAAAAAAAAUGUAUAAUUUGCAGUCAUCUUCAGUUUCUUUUGAGUCCAAAAAGCAUGAAGAUGUACUACGUUUCUAAAGCAUGCUGUUUUUUUCCCAUUAAAUUAUGAAUGUUUGUAAACUAGUCUUGAGAUUUUUUCAAAUGAUGAUAGAUUUGUUAAUAGGUUUUUAGCAAUAAUCAAAUGGACUUGGAUGUAUUAAGAAAUGCUUUGUAAAACAACGGAUACAUUGGAA